CAACCAGGGCUCACUUUUCAUUUUUUUUUUUUGUUCCAAACAAAAGCAAAACCAUGAGCAAGAACACCUCGUCCACUGCCUACCGCAAGGUGAACGUCGACGCCUACGACGAAGACAACUACGAGGACGAGUCGCAGGCUGUCGACAACGCGGCCCAGGUCAACGCCCGCGACGCCGAGGUCAAGAAGCUGCUGACUGGCGGCAACACGGAGGGAGCGCUCAAGGCCGCCCUCGCCGAUCCGCCGCUCGACGCCAAGGACCAGUCCCUCAAGGACAAGAGCGUCGCCUCCGUCCUCUCCGUUUUGACUGCAACCAAGACCGCCGAUAUUGCCAAGAUUGUCGGCAACCUCAACCCCGAGCAGAUCGACGUCCUCAUGAAGUACGUGUACCGCGGCAUGAACGUUGACGGCAAGAGCAAGAACGACGAAAACCAAAGCGGCAUCUUGCUCGCUUGGCACGCAGCGGUUUUCGCUGUUGGUGGCCACGGCUCGAUUAUCCGUGUCAUCACCGACCGUCGCUCGCUUUAAAAAAACAAAACCUCGUUUUUUUGUUCAACCUCCCGUUUUCCGUCCCUCCUGUCCUGGCCAUCGGUGUCUUUCCUCAGAGCCAGCGCCGCCACUCUUUUUCACGACUUUUUUUUCGCGCUUUGACAGCGUCUGGGACGCUUUGAAAGCACUUUCUGUUUUGUUUUGGGUUUUCUUGAACGGUCGUGUUUUACUGAUGUGGUGCGUGCUGGUAAUGUUAUCUCUAGACGUGCACAUAUACCAUUUCCUCCCCCAAAACAAAAAACCACCAGUUCUGCAGAGUCUGGAAUUACUAGAA